AUGGCAACAAUAGCAUCACGAAAUUAUAUGGAUAGCGAUGUUGUUUUGAUGAAAACUCGGCACGAUGAUAUGCUGAUGCACAAAUUCAACAUCAAGAAUGCAAGAAAAGCUAUCGAUAAUUCUACCCCUCAAAGUUUCAAAAAGUCUCCAUCAAAGCUUCGCUAUAAGCUGCUUGAAAUUUCUAAAUCUAAAGGAAACUACAAUUUUGGCAGCUUAACUCCAAUAAAAUCACUGAAUUUGGAAUACCGAAAAAAAGAAGCCAACUCCCCUUGAGCGAGCAAAAAAUUUUGUUCGAUCACGGAGGUGUUAAUUUUAUUUUUUUUAAAAAAUUUUUUUUUAUUCACUCACUGAGGGCGGGUUUUUACCUAAAAAAUAGGGAUUUUUCCAAUAUUUUUGUUCGCUCACAGAGGGGGAGUAAGAAAAUUGAUGAUGAAAACUAUAACUUAGCAGCUCGGCUUAUCACAAAAGAAUCACAACUUAACUUUAAGAAGCUUGAUGAUUAGAUUAGAUUAGAAUAAAGUUAUAGUUGGUCGCAGGGGGUUUAUUUCAGCCCCUCACCGUCCACCGGAUAGCUUCGCAGUGACGCUAAGCGCUAUCCCUCACACACCUUUUUCCUUUCUGACGUCACCAAAAAAUGGUGACGUCGAAGGUCUUCGGAAAAGCCACCCCACCCGGUCAGGGUCUCCGAAUCUCAGCAGAAAAUCCCUUUAACCUCUAACAGGGCUCAGGGUACAGGGGAACGCCUUCUGCCUUCUCCAUGCCCUGUCAGAACCGUAUCGCAGUUCAGUAAUGCUCCCAUGAAGUAGUAUCGGGAUUUUGCGCCAGUAGGGUCAUCUUGCAGGUAAGGAAAAAAGACAAGGGUCAGCCCCAAGUCAAAAAACCCACCCCGGAGAACUAUCGCCAUGUGGCUUGCCUUUCCUGGGCCUGGAUCAACUCACAGGUCACCAGGAGUCCACGUCAGAUCACGCCAUUUUAAUAAUUCUGAAGCUUGAUGAAGAAUAUAAAAAUUCAAUUACUUAUCGAGAUAGAAUAUCUCGAGUCACUAGAAUUAAUCUCGCUAAAAAGCUGGUCGAGAAAGAAUGACCAAUUGCAACAACAGAGAGAUCAUGCUCUGUAACUUUAAUUUAGAAUUUUCGAAAUCUCCAAGAAUCGAAAAGAAGUCUUUCUUAA